GUGUGACUUACUAUUUUCAUCGUUAUUUGAUGAAACGCCCUACGGUGCGGCAUCUGACUGUGAAAGUUUUUUAACCUUUUUUGCAAGUUUUGGGCGACAAAGGCACACAGGAAAUUAUAUUUGAUGGUCCGAUCCCUAAACCACGGACGUGACAUAAGCCGGGGACAAAGUGUAAAAAGGAAGAUGUGGCACUCGUUGUGAAAGCCAUAUAAACCGAUGACAAUGCGGUACGCAAGAGACCGUGUCGGGUGGUUGCAAAUUUCUCUCUGUUUUGUAUUGUGAUAAGAAAGUCAAAACAAGACUCACGUAGUACCUUUGAUCUAAAGGAAAGCAUUUCUAUGGUCUCUACCAGAUGGAAAUCGAGCAGGCUGGAACCACAGUUUUAAUUGAUUGAGCUCAGGAUUUAUUAUUGGCGUAAUUUGAUAGCAGCUUCACACGUUUUAGACGCAUUAUAGCGAGUUGUAUUUGAUUUGUAAGUGUGUAAACUCACGCAUCAGUAGUCUGUACCACCAAGAUGCCUAGCGUUGACGCUGCAACUAACAGCUCCAAGAUCAUGAAUUCGACUGUCAGUCCUACUCAUGAAACGGCCGAGUAUCCUUUAGCAUUAAUCGUGGGAUAUGUCAUUCUCUACGCAGUGUUUUUUACUGUCGCGUUCUUUGGAAACAUAAUGGCGCUUCUAACUUGCUAUAGGAAAUAUCGCUCGUCGCGAUCUAUUCUCCUCUGCUACAUAUCCAGUUUAGCCGCCGCGGAUCUUUUAUUCGCCAUUCUCUCAACAAUCGAUGUGUCCUACUUCUUCCUGCACGACUGGCCCGGAGGCAAUGCUUUGUGCAAAAUACAAGGUACGCUUAUCGAGAUUUCUUACACCGCUUCUAUAUUGACCUUAGUUGCAAUCAGUCAUGAAAGAUCUCGCUCGGUCAGAUCAACCAGUCUAGCGAGAAAUCGGAGCGUUGCGCAACAAACUAUCGUGAUCAAAAUUCUGUGGAUAGUGGCCAUAGUUGUUUGCGCUCCGUUAUUCUACGGGUACGCGACCAAAGAAGAAAAUGGCAAGCAACUCUGCCUGAAUACGACGUGGGGAGACAGUGGAAGACAAACGUACUACAUGCUUCAAGCUGUGCUGAUUUUUGUCUGCCCUUUGAUGUAUAUGAUCUGGGCACAUUGGAAGAUUUUGCGAGUUUUGCAAACGCAUAUUAGAAACACGGCUGGUAUGGGAUCAGUGGAAUCAAAACAGCACAAAGUUACAAAGAUGUUAGCCGUAGUGACUCUGGUAUUUUUUUGCUGUUGGUCCCCUUUUAUCAUUGUACGAGCACUGCGUUACUUCUAUGCUUACGAGGGAAACGAAGUAUGGAGACUGACUCAGUUGAUAAUAUUUGGAAAUUCCGCAGCUAACCCUAUUUUGUACUGUUUUUACAGCGCGCAGUUUCGAAGGUCAUUUAAAGAGAUUUUGCGGUGUAAAUUUUCUCUGAAAACUCCGAAAAGACGCAAGACUCGCACGGGCACUAACUCGACAUUUGCUUAUAACGUGAAACACAACAGCGUCAGAAGGGUAGCAGAAAUAGAAGGUCUGAAAGAUUCUGCGCACAAUAGCUCUUCAACGGCCUUUCCGUAGGAACCUUUAAAGGCUGGAACGACCUUUGUUCUACAGCCUAAGCGCAUUUGUCACUGAAGCGCUAAAGUAAUAUUUUGUAAAUUAUGAACUGUCAAAACAAAGUGGCCCCUGAUCAGCUCAUUAAAGGACGUGAAAUCUAAGUGGGCUAAAUCGAUAUCGUAGUGAACAUUCGAGAGCAAUUUUUAAUAGUGAAGCGUUAGCAGGAAUUUACAAACAGGAUACGAAUGUUUAAAAACUAUUAAGACCAAAUCAUAAUUGAAUUUUUAUCUGGGCUUGAGAUCUUUUAUCAAAACAUUUGUGCGUUUUUUAAUUCUCCUUUUUAUAGCGGAGAGUCAUUUGUUACACCGGAUAUUGUCAAGGAUAUAAUUAUUAGAGAGCAAUUUCUUGAUAAAAUGUCAUUGCUUAAAAAAAUGAGGUGGAAUUCGAAGCAGUCUGUUGGGGUUAUUAAAUGUAUUGAAACUCUUUACGUGUUGAUAAUAAAAUCAGUAGACACCAUU